GCAGCGCAACUGAUUUUCCUCUCCCGAAGGCCAAGUGUACGCGACCCGCGUGAGUUCUGGAACGCAGCAUUGGCGGUUUCGUGCGUGGUUGCGUGACAGUGCUGCUGUGUUGGCUGUUCUCCCAUUGCUUCGUUACAAGAGUUGUGCGGACUACAAACAAUCUGAAAAUCAGCCGGCAGCGUGCGUUACAACACGAAGUUAAGAAUGUCCAACAUUAGCAGAAAGAAACCACCAGUGGAAUCUCUCAUCGAAAACCUGCGCACACUGAAAAGGAAACACAAGCAGAGCCUUCGCAAAAACAAGGCCCUGACAAAGAGCGUGGCUGCAUCGAAACAAAAGGUCACAGAGCUGCGCAAGGCACUGAAUCGUGAGCGCGAGAUCUUCAGCAUCCACUUUUCCAGGCUCAAGUCACGGAUCGAAGACAAUGUAAACGCCCUGCAAAAUGUCACUCUGAAUGAAAUCAAAUCAUCACUGGAGCUGCUGGAGCAGAUCCUGGAUCCAGAUGGCAGCCUCUCCCUCACAGAAUUAGAGGAGCAUCCAGAGGGGAAGGACCUUUGGCCUCCAGGUUCCCAUCUUCAGACAAAUGCAUCAGUCAUCUACAAGGAGGAGGAAGAACAACAACAACCUGAGAAAACUGAAGAGCUUCCUGUACACUCCGAAUGGCGGGCACUGGAUAAUGAAGUGCAGACCAGCACCCCCAUCUGUCCCCCGUCUCGAAGGGGAAGAUCCGGAAGAAGCAUUGCACCCGGCACGUCUCCAUUCCGUUUGAGUUCCAAGAGGAUCCAACAGACGACACCUGCAGAGCCACGUCCCUCCACGUCCUCACAAAAGUCAGACAUUGAGCAGCCACCUGCUCAUGAACAUCCUCAGGAUGAAGAUCCUCAGGACACGCCUCGUGAUUCGUCUAAGGGGCUGAAUUCCUUGGUGAGGCGGGCAAAACGACGGGCAUCCGAGGCGGCCUCUUACAGGGAACCCAGCUUGAAAAAGAAGCUUCGGCGGCCCUGACCUGUUCCACAAGGAACGUCAAGGAACGUCAAUGUCAAGGAACGUGACACUCCGCAAGGGUCCGCAAGUCUCGGACACGAGUUUGUUUGUUUUUAAGAAAGAAAAAAAAAAAGCGAAAAGAAAGAUGUCACAUUGAACUCUAUGUAUAUUCUGUGGCUAGUUCCAUCUCAAAUACUCAUCUCAAA